UUUUGCGAGGAUCCGAUGCUGACCAAGCCAAAACAAGCGGAUAUACAAAAGAAAUGCCUAAAUUAUUGGAAUAUACUGAUAAAACUCGCGUGAGGCCGCAGAUCGUAAGACUACAAAAUAAGAUACAGAAAAUUUUAAAUGGCUUUGAAUAUUUUUUCGCACUCGAAGCACAGAAAUUGGAAAACGACAAUGUAAAAAGUAUAUUGAAUCAACCAUACAAUUGGUACUGCAUGCCCUGUGGUUCCGGUCCGUGUGUCGAAGAGGAUAAAGUAGCAACAUUUUAUUUGAGUUUGGGAAGGAGAAAAGUAUUUCGUUACAUGAAAGGAGGCGAAUGGGAACCGAUUGAAGAUAUAAAGAUAUACCUAUCACCUGAUACUCUUGUAUACGCCGAAUUAGUAUAUGAAGCAAAACGGACGGGAAAAUACUUCUCCAAGACACGUGCAUUGCAUAUUUUGGAUGCUUACAUGCUUGGUGGAGUAGAUGUUAGCAAACGAUACUUAGAUGAUAGGUAUAAACUAACUAAGCUAUUUUGCGAAUCACUGCAGAAAUCAGUUCCAAAUGACUACAUAUGUGUGCGCGCCAAGGAGAGGUUUAUGCUGAAUCCUGAUAUAGGGAAGAAUUUGCGUGUCGCGCAACGUCGUGUGGAAAUGCCCAUUGCGUUCGAGUCGCGAGAGAGUCUCUUGGAACGUGACGACAAAAACGAUAAAGAACCCAUAUAUUUCGCAUAUAACAGCGUACUUUUCUUAAAAAGCAUCACUCAGCCUUGGUCACGUCAUAUUAGCAAAAAAACAGAUGAAUUUUAUGUCUAUAAUUCGAUUACCAAAGUAGCGGAAUACGAAAUCCGAAACAAUCAACAUAAUAGACCACCCGAAGCCGAAGCUGAUUUUAAAGAGGCAUUCGAGAAACGUAUUAUCUGGGAUUGGCCUGGCAGUCAAAACUUAGCAUUGAAUAUGGACACUUUAGUUGCGAUGAUAAAUUCAUCACAAAAUGUCUGAAUCAUGUGUAUUAUAUUAUACAUAUCGUAAAUAAUUAUGUCAAAGUUUUCUUAAGUUCUUGGAUUUUCGUUAAAACAUAUUACUUUUGAUUAUAGAGAAUUUAUCAUAGUUUUAUUUAAUAGUUAAUAUCUCAAAAACUAUUAAAAUAAG